GCGUUUUUAUUAGUGCUAAUUAAAUUUUAUAAAACACGCUAUUUAAUGUAUACUAUCUUAUUAAAAUGCAGAAUAUUCCACGCCGUACCGCGCAUCGGCUACAUGGAAUUUGGUACGGUACCAACAUUCCAUUAAUAUAGUAUUUGUACCAUAUUGCUGAUAAUAGCACCAUACAACGUGCGUAAGUAAGCAGACAAUAAAAUUAACGUACUGUAUUUCUGGCCAGUGUACCAUAUUCUGGUCUACUGAAUGUCGUAUUUUUCGUGUAUUUGCCGAAAUAGCGGAACAUUGCCGUGCCAUUUGUUUUUGUGGCAAGGGCAUGAAUAUCAUGACCGGAUUGUGCAUGGUUUAUUUGCUUAGUGGUUGUUGUUUGUUUUGCGUAAUAAACCAUUGAACAGCAAUUUUUCACAAAUUCCGAAGUGUAUUUUGUGGUGAAUUGAAACUAUAACCAUUUUGACGGUAAUUUGUAGUCCAUCGUAUGUGAAAAUACGGGUGCAUAACCUGGAUUAAAUGGCGGGAGCGCGGGCCGUGAAUGUAUUAUAGGCCUAGUUAUGUUGUGGUUGAUGCGUUUGUGUGAAAAUUUGAAUUUUUUGUGGAAACAUUGAUAAGAGCCAAGAUGUCACACUCAAAAUAUACUAAAUCUGCAUUUAAAGAAACAUGGCUGCAGAAUGAAGAUUUUUCAGAAUGGUUGAGGCCAGUUGUGCACAAUCAGUAUGCAGCAAGGUGUAGUUUUUGCCAGAAUGUGUUCAGCUUGAGUAACAUGGGCAAGAGAGCAGUUACUAGCCACAUGACUAGUAAAAAACACAUUAAAUUUGUUAAUGCUAAGAAGAGAUUGCUGCUGAUGGGAGUGUUUCUUAAACCAAAAGACUUACCUGGGACAGAUUCUGAAAUGAUUAAUGUUAAUUCAGAAAAAGUAGUUGCUGGCACUUCUUCACAAGAUUCAAAACCUGAUAUUCAUUCUCAAGAAACUACAUCCAAAAACAUAAGCCAUUUUUUAUUGAAUGAUUCUGUUGUACAUGCAGAAAUUAUUUGGUGUCUCAAUAUGAUAUUAUCUCACAACUCAAUGCGAAAUGCUGCUAGCAGUGUUAAUCUUUUCCCUAUAAUGUUUCCAGACUCUCAAAUUGCUUGCAAAAUGCAGCUACAAAGAACAAAAUUGGCAUACUCAAUAGUGCAUGGUCUUGCCCCACAUUUUCAUAAAGAGUUGAUUCGGAAGUUGAAGGAAUGUAAAUACUGUGUUGUCGGUUUUGAUGAGAGUCUUAAUAAAGUUGCUCAAAAAGGUCAAAUGGACAUAACGGUUAGGUUUUGGAGUGAAAACAAUUUGCGCACCCAUUAUUUUGGAUCUGCUUUUUUAGAACAUUCUUCAGCAAGUGAUCUUGUCAAGGCUUUUGUGGAAGCACUUUCAGAAGUCGACAUGAAAAAAAUACUACAGAUAUCCAUGGAUGGACCUCAUGUAAAUUUUAAGUUCCUCCGGGAUUUGAAAGAAGAAAUAGUUACAAGUGAAAAUGAUCCAUCAUUCCUUGACAUAGGUAGUUGUGGCUUACACACAUUGCAUUGUGCCUUCAAAGCUGCCAUAAAAGCCACAGACUGGAAAAUUGUUGAGUUCCUUCGUGCUCUGUAUAAUUUAUUUAAGAAUGUUCCAGCAAGAAGAGCAGAUUAUGUUCAAUUUUCAGGGUCUUCAAAUUUUUCAAAAAAGUUUUGUGCCAUACGAUGGCUGGAAAAUUCUGGUGUUGCAGAACGUGCUGUUUUAAUGGUUCCUCAUUUGAAAGUGUUUGUGGAGAAGGCUACAGCAAUGAAACGUGUUCCAUCUUGCCAGAGUUUUUGUGUUGUUUCAAAAACUAUUGGGGACAAAUUUCUGAUUCCAGAGUUAGUUUUCUUUCAAGCUAUAGCUUUGGAAAUGGAGCCAUUUUUGCAGAAAUUCCAGUCUGAUGCUCCACUUGCUCCCCUCCUUUACGAGUCUUUAAGUAACUUGUUGGAAAAGUUCAUGUUGAGGUUUGUGGUAAAGCAUGUUUUAGAGAAAUCUAAAUCCAUCAAAGAUGUUCCACUCAAUGAUAAAGAAAGUUUAGUUAAUCCAAAGUAUGUAGAUGUUGGGUAUGCUACAAGAAGUGCUUUGCAGAAGGUAAAAGGUUCAACAGAGAAAGAAUUACUGCUUUUUAAGGAUGACUGCAUGAAAUGUUUUCAGGUUCUUUGUCAGAAGAUAAUGAUUAGGUCACCCUUGAAAUAUUCUUUGGCAAAGGGAAUUUCAUGUCUGGAUCCGUCUGUUGCUGUUAUUCCUAAAGUCUGUGAUGCUCGUCUUUCCACAACAUUAAAACUGCUUGUUGAAAGUAAAUGGUUGUCAGGAACAGUUGCUGAUAAUGUUGACAGGCAAUUCAAGAGUGUGUGUAAAUCAUCAGAAUUUUGUGAGAAAAUGAAAACUUUUUCAUCUGAAAGCACUUCUCUUGCUGAGUUGUGGCUAAGCCAUAUUCCAGAGAAUGGAGACUAUCAGGCAUUAGUCAACUUUUUGAAGAUGGUUUUCUGUUUGUCUCAUGGGAACUCUAGUGUUGAGAGAGGAUUCUCUAUUAACAAAGAAUGCUUAGUGGAAAACCUACAUGAAUCUUCAAUAGUGUCACAGAGACAAGUUUAUGAUGCAGUUUCAGCGCUAGGAGGCAUUCAAAAUAUGACCUUAACAAAAGAUCUGGUAAAGUCAUAUCGCUGUGCUCGUUUGCGAUACUCAGACGCCCUCAAAGAUGCAAAAGAAAAAAAAGAAGCUCUACAUCAUGCAGAAGUAGAGAAGAGAAGGUCAGUUUCCCUUGUUAGAGAGUUAGAAGAGAAGCGGAGAAAAUUGAUGGAAGAUGCCAUGAAACAGUCUGCUCUUAUUGAAGAGGAGAUAAAAGCAAUUUCAAAAUAAGACACUAGUUUGUGCGCCGAACUCCGCCUUUUAUUAGUCAUCAUUUAUUCAGUGUUCCAUCUCAUUCAACAUUUCUUAUUUAAUUUCAAUGUUUAAAAAAAAUAUGUUUUAUGCCUCAUGUUUUUAGUUUUGCUUUAAAAGUUUGUUUGUCAGGAUGUCUUUUUUUAAAGUAGGACACUUAUUUUAGAGUGUAUGUUUAAUCAAUUUCCCAUGAAAGUUUUGUGGACAUGUUUUUCAACAAGCAUUAUUUAACUUACUUAAGAUAGGCUGUAAACAAGUAACUCAUUCUUUUCCAUCCAUAAACUUUGUUUUUAAUUACUAGAAUAUUGUGGUUGCAGAUCUGAUAAUAGGUAAGAAAAUAUUUGAUAAAAAUUUAGUUUAUUAUUAUUUAGGAUAUUUAAUCAGUCAUAGUAAGUUUUAAUUAUGUUAAUGAUUACACCAUUGCAUAAUAUGUAAUUUUUUUAAAUGAAAUUUAACUUGUAGCACAAUUAUCUCCUUCAGGGAAAAAACUUAGAAUUUUCUGGAAAACAGGGAAAUUGCAGGGAAUUUCAUUUUCAAAAAUAUGUGGCCACCCUGGAGGUAAUCCAGGUUGUAAAAUUCUACCCCUUCUAACCCCAUAAAUUUCCGAAUUUCAACACAGAUGAACGCAGUACUAACGUAACAUAUUGGAAAAUUACAUACCUGCCAACCUUGACAAUCCAAAAUCUGGAGGUUUUCCCAGGGCAGUAUUCACUUCCCCACCCCCCUCCACCCAACCCAGCAUGUUUAUUUGUCUAAAAAUCAUAUAUAUGACCUGGCCAUGAUAGAUUAUUUUGAAUAUACAUAACCAGAAACUUUACAGUUUUUAAUUAAUUUAUAACAUGGUUAUUAAUUUCUUGUAGAAUUUGGUAGUCAUUCUUUUAUUUUCCUUAAUGGCAAUUUUUUUCUGCAAGUUCAUUACCAGUUUAUUUUUCUUAAAAGUGUGUGUCAUUACUUUUUAUUUUUACUAACAUUCAUAACAUGUCACCCACAAGAGGAAAGGGAUACUAGUAGCCUACCUCCAAAUUUAUGGUGUAACUUACUGCUGCUUAUAAAAUGUGUGUUGUGCUUUUUUAUCUCAAUUUUUCAGUGCAGUUUUCCAAAAUCGUUAUUUAAAAAAAGGCAAUGAAUUGUGUGCUGUCAUGCAUGAAAUUCUUAAGCUAGAUAUAAUAUUUAAGACAUUUCAGUAGGCCCUAGUACCUUUGAAAAAGCAACAUGAAUUCUCCCUUACAUGUUAAUAAGAUUACCAUACCUGCUGGUGUAGUAAGGCUGACAAGGAUUCUGGCAGCUUCCAGCUCCUCUAAGGUCAGACUUGAAGCAGUGUUCUCACUCCCCAUAGCCACACAGCUAUCUUCAAAUCUGCUGCAUUUACCUGAAAGUUACAAAACAUCAUUGUUCAUACUCUGCAGGAAAACAUGGAAAAUUUCAUGACCAGCAGAUAACCAAAUUACUUAUUACAAUGAUACUUUAAAGUUGCAAUAUAGUGUAGUUCAGCAACUCAUGUGCUAGGAAAAAAAAAGUGUGACACUGAUCCAUUGGGGUGUUGUUCAUAUUGUUGACACAUUUCAAACAAAAUUAAAGAAAUAUGAAACCUAUACACAAAAUUAGGUCAAUGAAGUUCAAGCAGUUUGUGGGAUGAAGGCAGUAAAAAUUACUGCGUAAACCAAGGAAAUGUACAAAAUUAGAGCACAGGUUGUUAGUUUAUAAACUAGCAUUACCACACAAAGUGUAUAGUAUGUCACUGCCCUCCACAUAAUUAGAAAAUUUGUCCAUUUCAUGUUGAAAACCUGUUCACGUGCAAUACACAUUACAUUAACACACAUUCUAUUGACCAACUGUUAAGUACGCUGGUUAAAAUUUGAUGUCAAGAUAAGAAAAUUUGUGGGUAGAUCAAUGAAGUUCAGGCCAAUUAAGUGCUAAAGCCUGUGAAACAGUAUGGAAUGCACUAAAAUGCACAAAAGAAAAAAGAUUAUUUACACUGGCUUCCCUAAAUUGUUAGAACACUAUUUUCAUCCCCACAAUGGGUUUGAUGUAUUUGUUCUUUCCAGUAUGCAUGCUUGUAUUCACUUGAGUAAAUACAAAAUGUGUUAACAUGAGCAAGGCACAAUGAAAUAUCACAUGUAAAUAAAUCAAAUUUAUCCUAACCCCUUUUCAACAGAAGGUGGAGGAAAACACUGUAAUAUAAAAGUAAGUAAAUGUAAACUACCUCACGAACUAUUCAUACACAUCAGGAAGACAUGUAUCUUCUAGGAUCAACACAUGUAAGCACAACAGACUUAAACAUAAUAAUAUAAUGAGACAACAGCUGAUAUUUGUUUUUAUACUUCAAUCACAUCUUGACUAACAACACAGUUUAAAAAAUCACCAAUUUUGAGAUUAGCCUAUAUGGACAUAUCCGGUUAACAAGACUCUAAUGUUAACAAUGGUAUGUAGAACAAAGACACACAUUCACCUAUUGUAAUAUCAUCCUAGAUGUGCUGUUGGUAGGCCUAAAAUGAACAAUUGUAACAAUCCAAACAAAAUUAUUAAUAAAUAUGGGACAGUAUCAUAAUUGGAACUCAUGUGCAUGGAAAGGGCUCUACAUGUAUCUCCUAACUGAAAAACUUGUGAUAACACUCACUUGGAACCGAAGAUAUUUUACUGUCCACAGAUACUCGCUUCUUUGGCAAUUUUCUCUGGGACUGAAUAAGUGGAGGUGGGUUUGGAACAUCAAAUUUUGUAGGGACAGCAUGACUGUGAAGUCUGUUCUUCAGAUCAUUCAAAAACAUACAGUCUUCAAAGUGAUCACUGCAUAUUGUACAAUUCUUAUGCAGAUACUCAGCAGGUUUGUUGAUCAAAUCUGCUCGUCUGCAAGCAAUAACCCAUUUCUUGCAUCUGCAAUGAUAAAGAAAUAACAUAAUUCUCAACUGUACAAACACAAACCCUAUGAAGAGACACAAUCUUCCAAUAUAUUAACACAUUGCUUGCAUUUUUUUACAUAACUGUAAUAAUUUUAUUAUAACUUUUGAACACUCUUAUAGUACAUUACAAUAGAUAGGCUACUGUUUUGAGCAAAUAUACUUGCUGUUUAUUUAUCAUAUGGAAUAUUAAUACAUUGUAGUGUAGGAUAAAAGCUCCAUAUCGCGUAUCCAAAUUUAUCCUUUGCUCUUGCUGGCAUGAUCCUGUACAUUUAGAUCUGUGGUACAUGGUGCUUGCUGUUUUCAUUUAGUACAUCGAAAGACCCUGAACACGAUCAAUAGUUGUUGCAAGUUGAAUACAAGAUAUAAAUUCCUUUUUAUUCUACUUAAGAUCAUAAUUUUUUAAUACCAUGAAUUUUUUAUGCAGGAUCUUUCUAAGUACUGAAUUAAAACAGAAAGCAUCCUGUACCAUAAGAAAUAUUUACAGGAUCACCAUCAAAAGCGAGGGAUAAACUUGGAUACGUGAUACGGAACAAUUACAAUAGGGUAAUGUCCCAAUUGACAUUUCAGUAGAGAGAGACUAUUCAAGAUUCUCUAAGACUUCAGCAAGUAAUAGAACACAACACAAUUUUCCCUAAUAUGUAUUUGCGUAUUAAGCUGUAGGCCUACCUGUACUGCCCGUAUUAUUUUAUUUUGUGUACUUGUUAGUUUGCAUUGUGUUAAGCUUAAACCUAGUCUCUGCCAUGUCCUUUGGGGGUCUUUUGGCUUACACAAUUACGGAUGAACUCUAUCUACCAAUUGCGGAUGUGUUACGAACUUUCCCACGUUAUUCAUCAGUAUUAACAAAUUUACAAAUAGUGAAUGCUAAAAUAACUUACCUUGCUGAAUCCAAAGGGAAUGAGAAAAAACUUAUUUUCUUCGCUUGCCUCCUAUUAUUCGAGCAAUUAAAUGCUGAGCAGUACGUUGUCCCGCAGGGCUUACGUUUUUCUUUUUCCAUUCUUCGAAGAAUCAAGUGAAUGGAAAUUCUUGCAGACAAAUCUUAGUAAUAAAUCCGAUCGCACAAAAUCACCACAAUAUUAUACAACAUCUGCCGCUCAUAUACAGCGUACGACUACGUUGGAAACGCAGUUACAACAUGGCGGCCGUCAUAAGCAAACCAGGUGGAAGAGUUCGUGUUUGGCCGGUGUAGUUCGCUUCUGAUACAUUUAUUUAUUCUGUGGUGUGGUAGUUGUGUCCUUUAACUCUGGAGCGGAGUAAAAGGGACAAAACAUAAAACAUUUACAGUAGCGCGGUGUUACUGAUGGUAAUCCAUUAACUGCAACUAAAAACAAAGAAAUGUCCAAAUUAACAAAAGGUGACUUUAUCAUCAACAGGAAAAAAUUAUCAAAGCUAUUCUCAUCGUAAAUGUAAAACAAUAAUUAUGCAACAAUAAAGGAAAAA